CCCGACACGACACGUUUGUCGGGUCUAAACCUAAAGAUGCUCUUUGUACGUAACGUAAACGUACGUAAGUAUAUACGGGUAUGGCAAAAGCAAAGAAUCUAGAUAUGCGACUUUGACCGGGUCGAUUCAGGAUAUAGAGAACCUGUAGACAUCUCCAAUCUUAACACUAACAAAAAUUUUACAGCGGCGAGGAGGAACCAGGCGGCCGAAUGGCUACGACAAAUGGAUCACGGUGCGGCGGAGGUACUGUCCACCGAACCCUCCGAGGAACACUUCUGUCUCUCUCUUCGCAAUGGCCUCAUCCUCUGCAAUGUCCUCAACAAAGUCAAUCCCGGUGCAAUUCCGAAGGUGGUAGAAAUUCCGAUCAUCGAUACGGAGGGAGCAGCGCAAACUGCAAUUCAAUAUUUCGAAAACAUGCGGAAUUUCUUAGUUGCUGUUGCUCGAAUGAAGCUUCUUACCUUUGAGGUGUCUGAUCUAGAAAAGGGAGGCUCAUCUGGUAAAGUCGUAGAUUGCAUUCUAUGUUUGAAAGGUUAUUACGAGUGGAGGCAAUCCGGUGGGGCUGGAGUUUGGAAGUAUGGUGGGACGGUAAGGAUCACUUCAACCUCAUUUCCAAAAGGAUCACCUUCCUCUUUAAUUGGCAGUGAAAGCGCCGAUGAAUCUCUAGAUGAAUCUGAGUCUUCACAAUUCGAAGAGUUACUCGAGUAUCUUCUUCUAUCAAAUGAGACUUAUCUCACAGAGACUAAUGAGCUUGAUGACUUUCCCAUGAAUUCAAUGGUUAUUGACAUAGUGCUCAGAAAGGCUGUUAAAGAUCUUUCAUCAUUGCUUAUCUCUCAUGGAAAUCAGCUUGGUGUCUUUUUGAAGAACAUGUUAAAGGGCAACUGUAAGCCUUUAUUAAAGCAUGAAUUCCUACAAGCCAUUUCAAAUUAUAUCGAACAAAGAUCAGGGUUAGUUUCAAAUGAGUUAUCAAAGUUUUGCAUAUGUGGUAACAAGGGUAAAGAUAUUAGUUACUUAACUGACAAAACAAGCGUGCUGGAUGUUCAACAAAAACAACUAGAGGAGCUAAAAGCUAGCUUUCAUUUGACAAAACUGGAAGUCCAACAAGCUCAUCUAAUUUGGGAACAAGAGCUAAAGAAAAUUGCACAUCAUACUAAGGACCUUGAAGUAGCCUCUUCUUCAUACCACAAGGUAUUGGAAGAAAACCGACAGCUUUACAAUCAAGUUCAAGACCUAAAAGGGGCAAUAAGAGUUUAUUGUAGAGUGAAACCCUUUGUACAUGAUCAAUCUGAUGAGCAACAUUCAACGGUUGAUUAUGUUGGAGAAAAUGGAAAUAUUAUGAUUGUUAAUCGUCAAAAACAGGGCAAGGAGGCUAGGAAGAUGUUCACUUUCAAUAAGGUGUUUGGAGGGAAUACAAAUCAGGAGCAAAUAUAUUUAGAUACCCAACCAUUGAUUAGAUCUGUGCUUGAUGGUUAUAAUGUUUGUAUCUUUGCAUAUGGCCAGACAGGCUCUGGGAAGACAUACACAAUGAGUGGCCCUGACAUGACAACAGAGGAUACAUGGGGCGUCAACUAUAGAGCCCUACGAGAUCUGUUUGAAUUAACAGAGGCAAGGAUGGAUGUAAUAAAGUAUGAGCUGAAUGGUCUUAAUGUUCCUGAUGCGUCUUUGGUUUCUGUAAAAUGUACACAAGAUGUUCUUCAUCUCAUGAGAAUUGGUCAUAGAAAUCGUGCAGUUGGUUCUACUGCUUUAAAUGAACGCAGUAGUCGUUCUCACAGUGUUGUAACUGUUCAUAUCCGAGGAAAAGAAGUGGUUUCUGGAUGUAGUUUAAAGGGUUGCCUUCAUCUAGUGGAUCUUGCUGGAAGUGAGAGGGUGGACAAAUCAGAGGCGGUUGGUGAACGUCUUAAGGAAGCCCAACAUAUUAACAGAUCGCUGUCUGCACUUGGAGAUGUCAUUUCUGCCCUUGCACAAAAGAGUACACACAUUCCUUACAGAAACAGCAAGCUCACUCAAGUAUUGCAAGAUUCUCUUGGUGGACAUGCUAAAACUCUCAUGUUUGUGCACAUAAAUCCCGAGAUUAAUGCCUUUGGAGAGACAAUCAGCACCCUCAAAUUUGCCGAGAGGGUUGCCUCAAUCGAACUUGGCGCCGCUAAAUCUAAUAAAGAAACUGCUCAACUUAGAGAGAUGAAAGAAGAGAUAUCCAAUCUGAAGCUAAUGUUGGAGAAGAAAGAGGCUGAAUUACAACAAUUGACAAGUGGGAAUAAUAAUAACACACGAGGUGGAGGUGGAGGUGGAGGUGGAAUUUCACCUGUUGGCAUGCCAAGACCAAGGUGUAUUGAUGAUAAUAAGCUUCCUACUUUUGAGCAGGUUCGAAGCUGUUCAUCAGGUAAGCAAAGGAGGCCGCGGCUCCCUUCCAAGUUCACAGACAAGGAUUAUAUUCCCAAAAUGCCCCUCCUAGCAGAAGAGAGAUCUCAAUCCCCCAGUGCUACUACUAUUAGAAGAUCAAUAUCCACAGAUAGAGAUAGAGGAGCCAACAUGAAAAUGCAAUAUCCCAUGCGUGCCUCUAUCAACAGAUCUCUAGCAGUAGCAACCGAGAAUAGAAGAGGGAGGAAUGGAAAUCAGGAGCAAGAAGAAGAGCAAUGUAAGCAAAUGCUUAAUGUUGUUAGAGAAGGAAAGAUUAAUAAUCCCAAAAAUCAAGUGGCAGUUAAGAUUAAUAAGUUGUCUUGUGACACCACCUUCGAGUUGGAGGAGGCUCAAAAAAGUGAAUUAUCAUCAGAAAAUGAAAAUGUACAAAUACACAUUCCAAUGAAAAAGCUUCAACGCAGCUCAUCAAGAAGUCAUCAUCACAUGGAAGUCAGGGAAUCCCUUCUUAUAACAACUGGUGGUAGAAAUGAAAACAAACCCUCAAACAACAACACAUCAAUUCCUAAAUUGUUUAGAAGGAGCCGUUCUACACCUCGAGGGAAAUUUAUGCUUCCACCUUGAUUAAAAUGAAACCAAACCCGAUAUACUAUAUAGUGUUCUUUCAUUUUUGUUUUAUGUAUAGCAUAAUGGUGCUUCAUUUUUUGGAUUACGAUAAGUUACCACGAGGAGAUUUGGAGUAUGGGAAUCCCUCUAAUUGUAUUUGUUUUUGUUUUUGUUUUUUCUAAAACAAAUUAAAUUUGUAACAUGAUUGAUUCCCUCUGUUUUGAUUUUACAUGAUUGGAGUAUAUUUUUGUUCAGAAAGG